CCUCGACUGCCUGCGCCCUGUUGUGUUGCUCUUCACCGCAUGGCUGCUCCAGUCCGGGGGGAUAACAUGUCACACUCGAGCUGCCGGACGUCCCUCUGACCGAUGCGUUGAUUAUGGUGGAAGAAAGUCUGAAUUCCAUUUAACAUUAUUUGGGAGUCUCAAGAGGGGAGUGGAGGUCGACUUUAUGCCAUGCUGCGGCCGAGAGACGCCUUAUACUAUUUCUGAAGAGACCUCAGCGGUGGUCUGACGGGGAAAAGACUUAAUAUUGAGGAGGAAUACACCUCUACCUGAUUUUAAAUCUUUUAUUUUUGCGGAAUUUCCUGCGUCGGGCUCGUGCUGCUUCAGGGAUAAAUGAUCACCUCAACCAGAAGAGUGUCUCCUGAUAAAUCUGAAGUUCGAAUCGCCUUCAGCCUCGAUGACCCAUCAGAUGUGAAAGAUGUGGAGGACCUUCCUCAGACUUCUCUGGACCUUGAACAGCGACUGCAGCCAGUGCCCCCCUGUGGCUCUCUGAGAGAGAGCGUUCAGGUCUACAAGGAGCACUGCAGGAUGGCGAGAGAUUUCCACCAGGUCAAACACGAGAUCGCCGUGAUUGAGGACUGCAAGCGCAAGUUGCUGGCAGAGCUGGUGGAGGACGAGAAGGUUGCCAUGGAGAUCGCCCGUCUCGAGGAGGAGUUCCGGCGUCUGACGGAGGAGAACCGCACCUUGAUGACUGUCCACAGCGAGCGCGCUCAGCAGCUGGAGAGGCUCUGCUUGACCAAUCGAACGAGGCGGGACUCCUCGUGACCUCUGACCUCCUGCAGACCCCCCCCCCCCCCCCCCCCCGAGGGCCUCCAAACAUCCAGCCGGACUGCCGGGACACCACGCAGACAUCAAGGCCCAGCUCCAGUGUUCGUUCUUCAUAACAACAGUCAGUGAAUCAGCUCCAGAAAGGCGUCGUGUUUACUCGUGUCUGAGUCAUUCGUUUGAACCACAGACUCGCCGUCAUCAUCUGUGUGAAGUAGCGAUUCUACCGAGCCGUGACACAAGGCCACUUUUUAUUGGGUUUUGUCAUUAUGUGAUCUCGCAGAACCUUUCCUCGUCGCCAUUGCAUUACCUCACCGUAUAUAUAUAUUUAUACAAUUUCAGCUGUCCGCGAAUCACCAGAUAUGCUGAUAUCUGUCUCCGGGUCCUGUCGAGACUCAGAUGUGUUGCCUGAGGUCUGUGGAGGGAGCCAGCGGUGGUGUGAUGUGGUCCAAAUGUUGUAUUCUAAAGGAGUGAUCCCCCCCACCCCUCUAACCUCUCUCUCCCACUUGCCUGUCAACUUCCUGUUAUAAUAAAAAAAAGGAUAUGAGACAAAUAUUUUAGUGUCGGGGAUUGGGAAAUUAUAGCCAUUUGUGAGGAACAGCAAAAGAAGAAGAGUGAUUAUCUAUUUCACAAGAAGUAUCUGCUGCGACACAACCCUGUAUGAGUUGUACAUUUUCUUUGGAUGUCUCGCCCACCUGUAGAAGCGGAGGUAUGCAACGAGGUGAAACUGUUGCUUACUCGUCUAUUAAUAAAGUGCAUUUUAUUUGAACACUA